AUGUCGAACCUGUCCCAAUUCGAAAAUGACCUGUCCAACCUUAACAUUGCGCUGGGCGAGGAUGAGACGUUGGAGACGCAGUGGUGGGUUACUGUAACUUUGGGGCGGUUUAUGGGUUGAGUAUGGCUUUGUCAUAGUAUUUUUUUAAGUCUUUUUCAAAAAUUUCAUUAAAAUUUUUACAAAACUUAUUUUAUUAGUUUGUAUAAGAAGUAAUGGGCUAUAGAAGCUCCAUAUUAACCAUGAGAAAUAGCUCAUCACUUUUUAUACAACCUAACAUUAUAUCCAAAUUUUGAAAAAAAUCUGAAAAUAGUGACGUUUCUGCCAUUCUUUAUUAAAAUCGAAUAAAAAAUUCAAUUCCAGGCAGUUUCUGUUCCUAGUCACAGUACCCAUAGCUUGCAUAGUGGGUAAUGUGCUGGUGAUCUUGGCAGUAUGGACCACGAAAUCGCUUCAAACUCCUACCAACUACCUCUUGGUGUCGUUAGCAUGCGCUGACUUACUUAUCGGAUCUACGGUUAUGCCUUUCAGUAUCUAUGUCACGGUAAGUCGGGUUGUUUUGUUACCUAAAAAUUAAAUUUUUGUUUACCUUCCAAACAGGACUUUUUCACAAACACAUAGUUCUACAUAUUAUACUAGAAACACUUACCAUCGCUUUCAAUAUUAUGCUAUUUAGUACCAUAAUGUAGCCCAGUACCUUUCCAAAAAUACCGUAAUUUCGCGAAAUUUCCGUUUUCAAACCGUAUUUUAGGUGAAUAAUCUCCACUGGCAUCUGAGCGCUUUAUGGUGCCAUUUGUACACAAUGCUGGACGUAUGUGCCUCAACAGCAUCAAUAGUACAUCUGGUGCUGAUUAGCAUUGAUCGACUGGUCGCUGCGACGAAACCAGCCGAAUACAAGACGAUGAAACAUCGCCGACGGGUCUAUUGCGCAAUAUUUGGAGCAUGGUGCUUUAGUAUCUUCCUCGCACUGCCAUUAGGUGGGUUUGGCAUAUUUUUGAAAUUUUGAAAAAAAAUUUUGAAAAUUUUAGGAUUUUUUUAAAUUUAAAAAAUGUGACCUAAUUUUGAAAUUUUUUUAAAUUUUUGCCAAUUGCAAACGUUACUUUUUCAACAUUACACCCAUUUUACACAGUAAACUCCCCAUAUGUCAUUCUAUUACCUCAAUCCUAUUUCAGUAUCAAUUGGUCACGCCAAUACUGAGCUCGUACUGCAAACCAAACAUCAUUGUGGUAUCUACAAUCCCAUGUACAUGUUGUACAGUUCGAUCUUUGCGUUUUAUCUACCCUGUGUCAUCAUGUUACUCACAUAUGGCUACAUUUUCUACACGCUGAAGAAACGGUUGAGGGCGAUUCAGCUUCAGGAAAUGGCUGGAGGCCAAUUCCUCGGCUUCGGCGCUGAUGUCGGAAACAUUGCUCAAAGUGCAAUUGAAACUGUCAUUGGUAAGGCACAUGAGAGGAUAUUAUAGGCACAUUGUUACCUAAAAAAGAUUUUUUAAAUAAAAUUUUGGUUUGUUACCUAAAUUAACUUUUUGGACAAAAAAUAAUUUUUUUUACCUAAAAAAUCAUUUUUAUGUCAAAAUGGAUUACCUUAAAGACAAAUUUUUACAAAAAAUUUUGAUUUAUUACCUAAAAUCCUACUUUUCCGAAAACCUUUAAAAUUUUAGUCUACAACAAUAUAAAUCAGCUAUAUUCUCCAUCACAAACUCAAAAACCCAAAUAUAAACUCACAAAACCCUUAAUAUUAUAGGUAUUGAGCCCCGCAACCGAAACAUGAUCAGUUGGGAGAAGCCGUUGCUGAAGAAAAUCGAAGAAACAGCGGCCGAACACGCCAGCUCUCUCAAUGACAGUGAAAGAGAACAAAUUCAGAAUCUUUUAGAUGCAUAUCACCCCUCAUCGUCCGGUUCACAAGAACUUACGACUCUCGAUGAAUAUCCGGAACGUCCACCGUCCGUCGUUCUUGAGGCCGUCACGUUGAAGCAGCAGAUCUACGAAUCUGCUCAGAACUCGCCCAAACUUGAAGUACCUCCUUCGUCGCUUUUGCUUCAGAAAAUGUAGGUUUUGAGGGGUUUAAAUGGUGGGAAAUGGAGGUUGUUACCUAAAAUAAUAUAGGGCAAAUAAUAUUUUUUGGAUAAAAUCAUACUUUUAUAGCUAAAACGAUACUUUACAGCUAAAAAUAUGUUUUGUUUUUUGUGUUCUUGAGUUAACACAAUAUUUUAUAGCUCUUUAAGUUCUAAACGCUUGAAAAUCAAGGAAAAAGUGGGCAAAACUUACCUAAAUUUUAAGAUUUCAUAUUGUUUUAUUGAUGUUAUCCAUCAAUAAACCCACCCACCCCAAUUUAACCUACAACAACAUAAUUUCAGAUCAAAAACUCGUCGCUUCUCCGAAACUCUUCAAACCACAUUAACUCGAACUCGACGAAAAUCCUGCACCAACAACAAUAAUGUGAACAACUACGAGAGUUUCAGCUUUUCCCAAACCAAAAACCGUCGUUUUUCAGUCCAGCCAGCAAGUAUGAUGGCUCAGAAUCAGCCACGCGACUCUCAAAGCCUUCUGAGACCGUAUCGUGGAGGGAAACAGAUGAGGCGGUUGUCUGAGAUUAUCAGUGAUUGGGAACGACCAUCACGCUCUUCGCUGAGUCAGAUGUACAGUUUUGCACGAAGGGAAUCGGUGUAUAUUGCAAGGAAGAAGCUGGCUGGGUUAAAGGAUUGGGCCUUGGAUUUGCUGGCUAAAUUGAAGUCGAAACAAGGAAUGGCAGUGAGGAGGGAGGCUAGGGCUACCAAGUUGGUCGCUACUGUUAUGUGUGAGUUUGAAUUUGUGUUUUUGAAAUAUUCAGCUUUAUAAGUGUAGGUAUUAAGGGUUUAAAAUACCUUUUUCAUCUACCUCAAUAUAAAAUUUAAAGAUUCAUAAACCUUUUUUGAUCUUUUCGCUUCAAACUGAUCAUUUCGACCUUAUUUUAGGUGUAUUUUUGAUCUGUUGGCUGCCGUUCUUCACGUUGAACACGAUCAAAGUGUACUUGUUGAUGGUGAAAAGCUGGGAUACGGAUUACGAAGGGCUGUUUCAUUGGCUGACUGCAUUAGGAUACCUCAACUCAUCGCUUAACUUUUUUAUCUACUCUGCAAUAAAUAAGGUGAGGAAGUGAUUUUUAAUACCUAUUUCCUUGCAUGGUCAUUUAUGCCAUGCCAAAGUAUAGUAGCUUGCUUUUAAGGCUAGAAAUUACAAUUUUGAUGUUUUUCUUCAAUAAAAAUCCAAAAUUUCAGAAGUUCCGCUCGUCUUUCCGUCGAUUAAUUGGCCUCCGACGUGGACAUCAAGGCAAAACAUGGAUGUUACCUCCAAAACAGACGAAACAACAAAAAACAAAGUGCUCCUGUGGGUGUCAGCCAUUCAAACGGGUCAAGGAGACAACAUUGAGGAAGGCUAGUUCUGUUGGGUGAGUUGAUAUUAGCUUUACAGUCCUAUCGAUUUAAAUUAACAUAAGUUUUACAGUUCUUUCAAGCUAACUUAACAUAAGCUUACAAGGAAAGUACCCAACCUGCCCCGCUCAGAGUCAGCUCAAAAUUUUUAUAUGAACUCUUGUACCGAUAGUAGUACCCAUAAAAAGUUUUGACCCGCUCUUUUGAGUUUUAAAUUUGAAUUAUUUUGGUUUCCCGUCACUUUGGCAUUGUGUUUCAAACACUUUUUUUAACUUUCCAGACAAGCUACUUACAAAUUUAAAAAUGCAGGUUCAUUUAAAGGUUCUCCACUAGUAUAUUAUAGAAAAAUUAUUAAAAGUCAAAAAAGACAAAAUUAUAAGCUUGAAACACAAUGCCAAUUUGGCGGGAAAUUCAAAAUGUAAUUUUUUGAUCUUGAUUUUCUCGAUGUUGGCUAGAAGGCGAGAUUUAAUACUUUGUUGAAGAUCUUACUUUUACAUAAUCUUUCUAUAUAAAAAGUUUGAAGUCAAUCAGAGCGGGGCAGGUCGGACACUUUCUUUGUAAAUUAUUAUAACAUAAGCUUUGACGACUUUUCUUAACCUAUUUUAACAAUUUUUUCUUUUAAAAUCUGAUGUUUCCUAUCUUAACUGGCUUUACAUACUAACAUAUACUAACAAUCGUCUUAUUUCAUUCAAACUUUGUGAUUAGAUACUAAUAAUGUCAUUUUUUCCAAUCUUCCAUCUUAUUUUUCUUACUAACUCAUCAUAAUACUGCGUGCUGACUCUUUUUUUUUAACAGUUUUUUUUAAAUUUUAUUUUUAAGACGGUUUUUUAAUUUUAAACUUCAUUUUUAUUUAAAAUUUUGAACUUUUUCUUUGGUUCGCACAUCACCAAUAUCAGUUUAAUGAUUUUAACAGAUGUUUAAGGAUGCUGGGCCGCCGCUUCGAAGUGAACAAGCCAGAGAUUGUGAUAGACGAGGUGGUGAGUGUCAUCAACCAGGUCUCGAUCUCGGAAGGCGGACGAACCACGUUUAGGUGAGGAUUCUGAAGUUUUGAGCACAAUUAUGUUUGCUUGCAUUGUCUUUGGUCGUAAUUUGACAGUUUUGCUUCUACGGACUUUGCUUUUGAUGAUAUAGUAUUAGGUUGUUCAAUUGAUUCUGUGUUUCCUUUCAAAGCAACUUUUUGUGGGUAGGGAGCACAGAAUUAUGUGAAAAAAUUAAUAGAAGUAGUUUUGUUAGUAUUAGGGAUAGUUUGAUAAGAAAAAUAUUAUACUAGCUUGUCAAAAAAAGUCUUGUCGCUUUUGACUGUGAAAAUGAGUGAAAAUUGGCGACAAGACUUUUUUUAAUUAAAAGUUUUUGUUUUGCAAAAUUUUUUAAAAAGUGUGAAAAUGAUAACUAUAACUCAAAAAAAUAUUUUCUAACUUAUCUAUUUACAAUGUCUACUAUAGGUCAAAAUCAAAGAAAUUAUUAGCUCAGUAGUUUCUAUACAAUUUAAUGUUAGUUUUUCAAAUAAUUCUGUGCACCUUGCAAAUUUGUUUUCAUAAGGAGCACAGAACUAUUUGAACAACCUAAUAACAAAUAAAAUAAACAUCGAAAACCUUUGAUAUCAUGGUUAAUAUAAAUAAAUGUUUCAGACGAUCAUCAGACGACGCUAUGCAUCGUUCUUCUUCUGAGAUUCUUGGUGGUGUUACAUUUCCAUCAAAUCAUGAUAGUAGACGUGGGUCUGGCAUGAGCAAUUCAUCAGCAUCGCUGCAACUUCACGAUAUGCAUCAGAUAGCCGAAGCGUCGUUGAAGGAUGCUGAGAUCUUUGUUUAA